AGAACUUGGUAGUGUAACUGUUACGAUGUGUACUUGCUGCAGUGUAUUUUCUCCCCAGUAACAAGCUCAUCUUGUUGGUAAUUGUAUCUUUUCAUGUUGUUGUCAACAGCUCCAGGGAACUUUCUGCUUUCUGAGCUGUCGGUUUAUGAGUGUGGGGUACAUUGCUUGGGGAGGACACUCAGGAGGAGACCAUCAAACACAGUCAGACCCGUCAAACUGACAGGGCUGACUGAUGUCCAUGCCACUUGUUUAUCACCACAGACUAUGGCAGAAUAUCAAUUCUUUCACAACUUGAAGUUGUACUUGGAGACCGGGCAAAUGCUGUCCAGUUGGGAAAAAUCAAUGAAAUGGAAGAUCAACCGGUGUGCCUGUACUUACAUCUUAAAGGGUGGUAGGCUGUUUUACACCGGCCCAGCUCGGCGGUACCUUCGCAUGGUGGUGAUGUCCGAGCAGGAGAAGAAAUCCGUACUCACUGAGUGCCACGGCCAGAGCAUCCAUAAGGGGGUCAGGGGCACCCGGAACCGUGUGAUUGCAGGCUACUAUUGGCAAACUAUAGUACAGGAUGUGGAUAACUGGGUCAAGUCCUGCCAUGUCUGUCAGGCCGUCGUCCGCCCCAUAAUGAUGCCUUCUUUUGACUUACUGGAUAAGGUGGAGCUAUUCUUGCGGGGAGGAGUGCGUUCCACAGACGGACCAAAGAGCUCGAAGAAAGUAACCAGAGCCAGCAAACACUUCAUCUAUAAAGAUGACUGUCUGUGGCGUACGUAUCGAGGACGCCUCCUCCGCGUUGUCAGAAGCAACGAGGAGAUAAAGGAGAUCCUGGUCCGUUACCAUGAUCACAACAACCACGCUGGUCGUGUGCGGGCAGUAAAGGAGAUAAUGAUGAUGUAUUACUGGGUGGGUGUGACGGAGGCGGUGAAGAACUGGAUCGGAGCUUGUGCUGUUUGUCAGAGCCGAUGUCCCAGCGAAGCGCCCACCCCACCCGUGCGCUUCUGCUUGGCCUACGGCUGCGACGCCUCCAGCUACGUUUACCCUGAGCUCAGCUUCCACAGGUUUCCCAAGGCGGCAGAGCUCCGGCAAAGCUGGCUGACGGUGGCUCAGAGGGACGAAGGCUCGCUUCGCACAACCUCCUGCCUCUGCUCCAGACACUUUGAGCCGUCCUGCUUCACACUAAACGAGGAGGGUCAGCUAACUCUGACACCAGACGCCAUACCCACCGCCAUCCCUGCUACAGCUUCGGAGGACCAGGAUUUUGUCCCCUCAGAUGAAGACGUUCUUCAUUCCAACUCUUUGGAAGACCUGGUCUCCAGCACAGAGCCCUCUGAGCUGGCCCUGGAUCACUGUGAAACCCCCUUCGAGCUGCAGGAGCACAGGUACUGCCUACCCGCUCCGGAUCCAGACUCAAGGGAAGUCCACACAGGGAUGGAGGAAAACAGGAGGAAGACUGUCAUCGAGCCCAGCUUCACGGUCUAUAACCAGAUCGCCAGGUAUCUGAGCCACAGAGUGUUACCGAUGCACAGCAAGAAAAGCAGAGGCGCUUUACGAAGGAUGAGCAAUCGCUUUGGUCUAGUAGAUGGAGUGCUGAUGUACACACGAGUCUCUCCUCCUGUCAGAGUGCCACGCAGCAGAGAGGAGGUAAACUCCAUCCUGCUGCAGUUUCAUGACAACCAGGGUCACUACGGCCAGGGAAUCUGCCAGCGGGAGAUCACAAAGCACUUCUACUGGGCCAGCAUGACCAGAGACCUGGCCCGCUGGAUCUCCAGCUGCCACACCUGCGUCAACAGAACCAAGAGGAAGUGGCUUCGCUGCAGCGUCUACACCUGCACCAACUGCUGCGGGCCAGUGGAGAGAGGCCUGGGCCUCACCUUCCAUAAGUUUCCUCUUCAAAACGUGGCCGUGCUGGCUCAGUGGUUAAAGGCUGUCGGUCGUCCACACUGGCAUCCCCGGCUCUGGUCGUCUGUUUGCUCCACCCACUUCACUGAGGACUGCUUUGACCGCAGCGGCAAGAAGGUCACGCUCCAUCCAGACGCCGUGCCCACACUCUUAGUCUACGGUGACUCAGGGACUCCGUCCAGAGGUCCGAGCCACCCGGCUGCUGGGGAGGAGGCCUAUUUUGCCAAGUAUGAUGCCGUGGAGCUGUACCUGAGCAAACGCACCUAUCCUCCUGGACUGAGCUACGUAGAGAAGAACACCUUCAGGAGGUUCUGCAAGAAGUUUACCAUCAAAGAUGGCGUGCUCCAUGAGGUUAGCAGAGAUCGGGUGCGUUUGGUUCUGCGGAGCAGGCAGCGCGUGGAAGCUGCCCUGCUGGACUAUCAUAACGAGCUGAACCACCUCGACAUCAACAAGUGUCUCAGACUGCUCAACGAAAGGUACUUCUGGAAAACCAUGAGACAUGAUGUGGUGCAGUGGAUCAACAGCUGCUCUCGGUGCAGCAGCCAUAAGAUGAAACCACACAUCCAAACAGCACCGGGAAGAUCCGAGUCACAGCUGCAGGCGCCCGGAUCUACACACAUACCGGAGGACGUAGACAGUGGGCCGGAUGCCGAUGAUUACAGCGAUGAUGGUGAUGAUGCAUGUGGUGGGAAUGUCGGGGAUGAAGAGACGCAGCCAGCGACCAAUUCAGAGGACAGAGUGGAGAAGCCUUCACCUGUAACUCCCAUCAGCCCUCAGCCCAGAAUCCCCAUCCUCCUUCACCUAAGGUCUCCCAUCAACUUCCAGCCCAAAACUCCAAUAAUCCUCCAGCCAAGGACUCCCAACCUCCCCUAUGUGACCAGAAUAUGGUCCCUCAAGACAGGGGCCCUUCCGCAGACUGAAGUCCAGAAGGAGACAAAGCACUCCGACACUCAGCCUGCCAACCAAAGCAGCAUCCGGGUUCAGCCGGAGAAGCAGACGCUGUCUCAGGACCAGAAGGGAACAUGUGGCCCUCGGGGCAGCACCAGAACGCAUCACUAUGUCAAAGUCGCGGACCUAACCCUACCUCUCCCAGAGUCACAUCCUCCAUCCGAGCUUCCAGCAAUACCCAAACUUCCACAAGACACAAGCAAGCGAAGUCAGCCUCUGAAUCAACGCAGGGGACUGGAGAGCCAGUCCCAACCCCAGAGCCCUGUUCAGCACCCGGGGAAGAGGAAGAGAGACCUGGAGACGGAGUGUUCAGCUAAGAGGAGCUCCAGCUGUAGCCUGGAGCCUGUGGUGGCCCCGAGCACCAAACCCUGGCCCGUCUUCACUGUUGCUAGCUCUGCCCCGCCGCAGGCAGCCAAACCUCUUUCUAGAGUGGACGGCCCUGCGCCCGGGCAGAGGCCCAGCAGGCUUCAGGCCCGGACGGUCGUCCAGCAGUGCAUCACGGCCAAAGUUAGGAUCAAACCAGAGCUGGACGGGGCCGACGCUCAGUGGGUGGAGAUCCAGGAGGGAAUGGUUGUGUAUGUGUGCUUCUUCCACGGAGCCACCGAGGACGUCACUGAUGAGAUGGCCAGCAGUCUGAUGACCACACAAUUUUUCCGAAAAGACACCGGGCGCUCUGUUUCCGUUCUCAACCUCCCCGGGAGCGUUUUGUUUAUCCCGCAGGACUCCCUGCUCGGGGAGCCGGGGCCCAAGAGACGGAUGCGGUACAGAGGGGGGUGUGAGCCGUGGCGAGGCGCCCAGCUCCUCUCCAACCUGGUGUCCGCCUGCAGGGAGCUCAUGUCCGCCUCAGAGAAGUGCAGCAAGGCGGGCGUGAAGGUGGAGCAGGGAGUCUACGGCCAGAAACAAGACAUGGUCCUGAACUGUGCGGAGCCUCUGACGCUGCUGCUGGAGUUCUGAGGUCCGCCGCAACGAAAUCCAGGGAAUAAAUUCAAAGAAGGUCAAGUCCGCAGAACAGCUUAAUUACUUUGAAUAUAAUACUUUUAUGGGUAAGUACCAUUUUUUUCAUCCUGGACCGUAUGU